AAAUAUAUUUUAAAAUUAAAAAAUAUAUACGGAUAUUCGUGGUCUAUAAUUUAACUUAUACUCACAUAUUUUUUUAUUCAUAAUCUUUUUAAAUAAAAAGAUUAGUACUUGUAUACGUAAAUUUGAGGGUACCACUGUAAAAAUUUCCAGUUCUAACUUCUAAUAAGAACUGAGAUGAAAACCAGGUUGCGACCGUAAGUGAGUUGGAUCUUCCCCCAAUGGAUUGGUCAGCGGCGAGCCGAAGUCGGUGGAGGAAGCGAACACAACGGAGCAAACCCCUCCUCUUCCUCCUCUCCUUCCUCCCCCUCUCCCUUCUCCUCCUCUUCCUCUUCCUUCUCACCUCCUCCUAUUCCUCUCUCCUCCGAUCCCUCCUCCCCUUCUCCUCCCCUCGCCAAACCCUAGAUCACCAAUGCGGCGCCGGCGGAGGCGGAGCACUCUCCGGCGAGCGGUUCCUAUGGUACGCCCCCCACAGCGGUUUCAGCAAUCAGGUCGGGGAGCUCAAGAACGCCGCCGUCGUCGCCGCCAUCCUCAACCGCACCCUCGUCGUUCCCCCGGUGCUCGACCACCACGCCGUCGCCCUCGGCAGUUGCCCUAAGUUCAGGGUCUCCGCCCCCGCCGAGCUCCGCGCCGCCGUGUGGGAUCACAUCAUGGACCUGAUCCGAGAUCGGAGGUAUGUAUCAAUGGCUGAUAUUGUUGAUAUAUCUUCAAUAUCAUCAACUGUGGUUAAAACGAUUGAUUUUAGGGUAUUUGCUUCAAUGUGGUGUGGCCUAAAUAUGGAAAAAGCUUGUUUCGGUGACUUAUGUUGUGCUGUGUCGGGUUCUGGCUCUUUAUCAGGCAACUUUGAUCAGUGUAGAUCAUUGUUAUCUGGUCUGCAUGGUAAUGUCGACCACUGUGUAUAUACUGUAGAAGAGGACUGUCGAACAACAGUCUGGACAUACCAACAAAAUAGUGAUGGGGCUUUAGACUCUUUUCAGCCUGACAAAGAGUUGCAGAAGAAGAAGAAAAUUUCUUAUAUUAGAAAGCGUAGAGAUAUUCACAAGGCUUUUGGGCCCGGUUCAGAAGCCGAAACAUCCUCUGUUUUGGCUUUUGGAACCCUUUUCUCGGGACCAUACAAGGGUUCUGAGCUUUACAUUGACAUCCAUGAAUCACCAAAAGACUCGAGGAUUCAGUCGUUGCUUAAACAGAUCGAAUUCCUUCCAUUUGUAUCAGAAAUUAUGGCUGCAGGAAAGGAUUUUGCUGCGAGUAUAAAGAAGCCAUUUCUUUGUGCCCAACUUAGGUUAUUAGAUGGACAGUUCAAGAACCAUUGGAAAACUACUUUUUCUGAACUAAAGCAGAAGCUGCUGUCUCUUCAAUCAGAAGCCAAGGAGAACCAGCUGAAUGGUCCAAUUCACAUCUUCAUCAUGACGGAUCUUCCUAGGGCAAACUGGACCCAAACUUACCUGGGGGAAAUUGAGAAAAACGAGCAGUACAAGUUGUAUACCCUUCAAGAAAGUGAUGAUUUAGUAUUGAAAGCCGCUGAGAGGCUCAUGGCUUCGGAACAUGGCUUGAAAUCUGGUUUCCUUCCUAGAAUUGUUGAUGGAAAUAAUGAGAAAAGGAUUUGUGAUCCAUCAUCUUUGCCGGAUAUUUUGUUAUAUGUGGAAGAAUCUGCAUGUAGUUGUGCGUCGUUAGGGUUUGUGGGGACUGCUGGAUCAACUAUAGCAACAAGCAUAGAGCUUAUGAGAAGAAACAAUGCCUGUAAAUCAUAAACUGGUGUUUUCCCUGCCUUGUUUGUCCGAGUGCUUUAGGCAGAGCAAGAGAGUUCAGUUCUCUCCUUCAAAAAGGGUUGUCACGAAGAUAUAAUUUAAUGGUUCACAAUGUCAGGGCUGAUUAUGCUAAUCAUGAAGUGGGCAAUUUUCGAUUAUUUGGUGAUGCUCAUGUCAGAAACUGCCUGAGAGUGUACAUCAGCAUAGCACUUCAUGCUGAAGAGCUGACCGAGAUAUUCGCUUCUGGCGGAACUGAUUAGAGUCAUUAUUCUGCUAAUUGAUUGGGUGUGGUCAUCUGCUUUAGAAAUAUUGCGCAGCUAGGGAGUCUGUGGAUUAUUUCUUCAUUCUUUAUCUCAUGUUUAGAUAUUAAUAAGUUUUCUUGGUCGCCAGAAAGAUAAUUUGUUAUGGAUAAUAUUUCAUUUUUGAGUACAUCCAUCACAACUAAGAUUAUUUUACGAACUUCA